AUGUAUCACCUGGCCAAGUCGCUGUAUACGUAUGCGACCAGCAAAGAGGAGUACUCUGUCCUUUUAUUAGGUCUUGACAAUGCCGGCAAGACCACACUCCUCUCCCAGAUCAAAGCGCUCUACCAACCUCGACCCGAUGGCGCCCCGGCACCCAACCCCGGGAAGACCGUCCCGACCGUCGGCCAGAACGUCGCUACAAUUUCCCUGCAUGACAUGAACUUGAAAAUUUGGGAUGUAGGAGGGCAGAUCUCGAUGCGCGGUCUCUGGCAGAGUUACUAUUCUAGCUGCCACGCCAUUAUCUUUGUAGUGGACAGCGCCGACGUGGGUCAAGAUCCGGACAUUACCCGAUUGCCCUCCUUGAGUCGACGCCCGAGCUCAGUCGCCGGUCCCUCGCGAGGCAAUGACCUCUUUACGGAACAAAAUGUUGGCAUCAACGCCAGUGGGAGCGACUUUGGGCGCCUGGAUGAAUGUCGACAGGUCCUGGAAUCGGUUCUGCAGAACGCCGACGUCGCAGGGGUGCCCAUCCUCGUGCUGGCUAAUAAGCAGGACCGUGAAGAUUGCGUCGAGGUGGUUCGCAUUAAGGAAGGCUUCGUUCGCAAAGUGUUCGAAGGAGAAACUGGAAGCGGCGUCCGAGACAGUCGCGUGCUGCCGGUCAGCGCGCUCAUGGGCUCCGGAGUGCAGGCGGCUGUCGAGUGGGUGCAGAGUCGUGUCAAGUGGAAUAAAGAGGGCCGUCCACCGGUGAUGCGAUGA